GCGCGACCUGACCGGACCGGUGAGGCGGGACAUCCCGGGGCACCCGGACGGCGGCAUUCACGAGCACAUCCCCAGGCUAGUCGGCGAAUACGGCGGCUUCUUCACGAUCAAGAUCCCGUCGGGGCUCCUGAACGCACCGCUGACACACUUCGGGGACACGACCGCGGUGCUUGCGGACCCGGACUUGCUGGGGGAGAUGUUCGACCGCCCAGACGUAUUCCAGAAGCGAUUGUUCAAGUUCUCGGGGAUCCGCCAGGGGCUGGGGGGCACGGGUCUCUUCACAACGGACGACGACGAGCCCAUCCACGACCAGGCCGCCCGUAUCCUUCUACCCGCCUUCUCCAUGAAGGGCAUGCAG